AUGAAGUUUAGCCUCAUGCCACGUAGUCAUAAUCCACGACCGCCGGCUCCGAUCCAACAGCACAUUUUUUCAGCUCUUGCCUCCAGCCGGAAUACUCCAGCAUCCGCCAAGUGCCUCCUCGGCGAUGGACCUGACCUGUUCAAAUGGGCCGCCGAACAUGGCAGUCCCUACGAUUACCUCCCAGAAAUGAUCAAGAAACUAGACUCUCCUAUCGUACAGGUAUUCUUGAGGCCAUUUGGUAGACCAUGGAUCAUCGUCGCCGACCCAUACGAAGCCCACGACAUUCGCACCAGAAGAUUCAAGGAGUUCGAUGGAUCCAAUUUCUUUGGGGAAACGUUUGUGACGCUUCUCCCCAAAAUGCAUGUUCAUAUGCCGCCGACUGGAGAAGAAUGGAAGUCUCAUCGAAAGCUGAUCGCUGAUACCAUGUCGCCCGCAUUAGUUCUAACUCAGCUCAGUGGCCGGACCCCAAAUGCCGAGCUGGCGCAAGGCAGACCAUUUGACGCGAACAAGGAUAUCUUGAAAGGUGCUCUGGACAUAGUGGUAGGCGCAAAUGGCCGCGAAAGAGAAUCCAAAUCUGACAGAACUACAUAUACAUGCUGCCCUUCACUUCAGGAGCAGCGCGGUAUCGUUGCGUGCCAGCGAACGAACGCGAUUCUUGUCAUCAUGUCUCCCGCACUCGGCAUCUUUCCGGGAGAUUUUGACGCCGGGAGUUUGGGAAGGGCGAAGCUGAAGAGUUUCGAGCUGAAGGAACGAAGAAGAAAAAAAAAUGCUGGGAUGUCAUCGCACGUCAGAAUCGCCUAA